CUAAAGGAAAAGCGUUCGUUCGUGCUCCAGUUUCAUCAAUUCUUAUAAAUGAAGCGAAUAAAGCUAUUGGAGUUGUAGUAAAAGGUCAUUGUAUCUUUUCAAAAAUUGUUGUUAGUGCUAUCAGUUCAACAAUAACCUACAAGUAUCUUAUACCUCAAACUCAUCAACAUUUGGUUCAAUCUCAUUUGAAGAUAAUAGAAAGUCCUGAGCUUGCCUCAGAAACUGGUUAUAUGUCAAUGUUCGUUGGUCUUCAAGGUGAUUCCGAUGAACUCAAUUUACCGAAGGGAAAUUUAUGGGUAUGUCCAUCAUGGAAUCAUGAUGAAAAUAUGAAGAAAUUUCGUAAUGAUUACAGUGCAGAUUUUCCAGCUAUUUUCAUAUCUUUUGCAUCUGCAAAGGAUCCAACAUAUCACACAACAUACCCUAAGAAGAGUGUUGCAUCUAUUAUUGCUCUUGGCUUUUAUGAACAUGUUGAAGAUUUCAAAGACAAACGUGUAAAACAUCGUGGUGACGCUUAUAAUCAACUGAAAGAUCAAUGGAAAGAAAGAAUGUUAGAAAUAUUUUUAAAAGAAUUUCCGAAUUUAAAAGACAAAAUAGUUUAUGUUGAUAAUGGUACCGCAAUUACGAAUGAUUUUUAUCUUGGAACUUAUCAUGGAGCUGCUUGUGGACUGGCCCAUACACCAGAGCGAUUUCGACAAGUGGAAAUUCUUUCACCAAUAUCACCAAUCAAGAAUCUUUAUCUCUCGGGACAGGAUAUGCUGACUUGUAUCAAUUUAAGAACAAGGACAAAUUUACCCGAUCGCUUUCAUGCCGUUCCAAAUGUUCAAUAUCUUGACAUAAUAGUUGAUGAAAACAAUGAUUCAUCAGAAGAUUCGUUUGGUCAGAACUUACCUCCUCUUCUUCAUCUUACAAAUUUCGAGCUGAGAUCCAUUACACAACCAUGGACACUUGAAGAGUUGCUUCUUUUAUUCAAUCAGUUACCAAUAGUAAAAAAUAUAGCACUUUAUCUUGUUUCAUAUGAUAGACGUCUUGUCGAAGAAGAACAAUGUUCGCUACCGCAUAUACCUAAAUUAUCUCGACUUCAAAGAGUGUCCUUUUAUCGAUCAAUGCCUUCUGAUUUGAACCAUUUUUCAUUGGUUUUUCACGCUGCACCUAAUCUCGUUCGCUUGGAUCUACCUUUUGAAUUCUUAUGGCAGUUAAUCGAAAAUCAACAAAUCCGUCAUGUUCUUGGACAACGUAUAACUUCACUUUUCAUACAUCAAAAUACAAUGAGUUCAUCAUCAGUAGCAUUCAAUGAAGAACAAGUACCUAUCCUUGCUUCUACAUUCUUUCGAGUUGAUGUUUUAUUUACCGAUUUAACACAUUUACGAAAUAGUCCAAUAACACUUCCGAAUGAUAAUAUUAUUGAAGAUUCUACAGUAUCGAACUUACCCGUCGAUGAAUGUCAACAAACGAAUGAAGUCGUAUCCCCAGGUUCAAGUGAAUCGAUGGUAAUAUGUUUAUUGAGAGAAUUCAAAAAACAUAAACUAGUUGGCCUAGGUAUCAGGGGACAAUUCUGUAAAAUAUUAAAAACAAACGCAAAACAAUGGUUUCAACAGAAUACCAUUCUUUCUAAUCAAAGAUUUGAUGCCGUUUUUAAUGAUAAGCUCCAUCAACUACUCAUUUGGAUGUGA